AUGAGCCAUCAUAACAAGGGGGCCGUCGCUUUGAGGUUGGGCUUCCAGAAAGACAUCGCGGUCGAGAACGUCACGAUUUCGAGUCUCAUGAAUGAGGGGGUCGCGGAUGCGGCUCCCUAUUGUUCACCGGAAGAUUACCAAGGCCUGGACGUGCGUGCAGUCACGACUUUUCAUUCUGCGGCGUGGAGCGGACUGGACAUCAGGUUCAGCGGUAAUUUCACGUCCACCGACGAGAACAGGGUCGUCCCAUUAUCUGGGAUGUGGAUGCGGGGUGAUGAUCUGACAAUCUCGGCGCCACCUCCAAGUCCGACGCCCAUUCGGGCACCAGCCCGCGCGUAG